UGCCGAGCGCGCCGGGCCACCCGCACCCCGCGCCAGCUCGGCCACGACGCGAUCCGUGUGCGUUCUCAAAACCGACCGUCGCGAGUGCACUAUGACACUAGUGAGCUAGCGGGCCGCUGUGACGGUGUCGAAUAAUUUAUGUGUAUGUGUUCACGUGCUUGUGGUGUGUGUUAGCUUGGCCCGUGAUUAAAAACGUUCGUGGUGGCCAGCGGAGCCUUGCACCCGGGCUCGGGGCGAGCUUUCAUGGCUCAGCCUAGGUACGACGAAAGCCUCCACGGCGGGGGCUACAUGGAGGGAGGGAUGUACCACGAACACAGGCUGUCGCACCCCCACAUCCCCCCCGUGCACUACCCCCCCGCGGCGUCGCACGCGCUGCCCGGCGAGCCGCUCGUGCACAAGCGCGAUAAGGACGCUAUAUAUGGGCACCCCCUGUUCCCCCUGCUGGCGCUGAUCUUCGAGAAGUGCGAGCUAGCCACCUGCACCCCCCGGGACCCCGGGGUCGCGGGAGGGGAUGUCUGUUCGUCAGAGUCGUUCAACGAGGAUAUUGCGGUUUUUAGCAAACAGAUACGCCAAGAAAAACCCUACUACAUAGCGGAUCCUGAGGUCGAUUCAUUAAUGGUGCAAGCAAUACAAGUGCUCCGGUUUCACCUCUUAGAAUUAGAAAAAGUGCACGAGCUGUGCGACAACUUCUGCCACCGCUACAUCAGCUGCCUUAAGGGCAAGAUGCCCAUUGACCUGGUGAUCGACGAGCGGGAGAGCGCCCGCCCGCCCGACUCCAACGGCGAGCGCUCCGCCCCCGACAGCAGCCACGACGGAGCCUCCACCCCGGACGUUAGGCCGCCCUCCUCCUCGCUGUCGUACGGCGCGGUGAACGACGACGUGCGCUCGCCGGGCUCCGGCGGUACGCCCGGCCCGCUCAGCCAGCAGCCGCCGCAGACCCUCGACGCGACAGACCCAGAUGCAAUGGGCAAAUGGUGCCCGUCGCGGCGUGAAUGGUCCUCCCCGCCGGACGUAGCGCGGCGCGUCUACUCGUCAGUGUUCCUGGGCAGCCCCGGUGAGUAUCCAGGGGAUGCAAGUAACGCGAGUAUCGGUUCCGGGGAGGGAACGGGAGAGGAGGACGACGACACGAACGGGAAGAAGAACCAGAAGAAACGGGGGAUCUUCCCGAAGGUAGCGACCAAUAUCCUCCGGGCGUGGCUCUUUCAACAUUUAACGCAUCCGUACCCUUCAGAGGACCAGAAAAAGCAGUUAGCACAGGACACAGGGUUAACGAUACUACAAGUAAAUAAUUGGUUUAUCAACGCAAGACGUAGGAUAGUUCAACCAAUGAUCGACCAGUCGAAUAGAGCAGUGUUCUACCCCGCAGUGUUCCCCCACGCGGGCCCCAGCGGCGCGUACAGCCCCGAGGCCACCAUGGGCUACAUGAUGGACGGCCAGCAGAUGAUGCACAGGCCCCCCACGGACCCCGCCUUCCACCAGGGCUACGCGCACUACCCCGCCGAAUAUUACGGCCACCAUCUCUAAUGUAACUUGUACAUAUAUGAAUAACGUACACGCAACGAUGCCUCAGCUAGAGGCUGUAGUGUGCGACAUAUAAGGCCCCCCACUAAUGAUGCGCGCGACUACACGCGACUCGUAGCGACGCGACGCAACGCGACGCGACGCGACGCAACGCGACGCGGCGUGACGCAACGCGCGUCUGGACUGGCACGUGAUACGAACAAAACAGGAGAACGAUGCUAAUGUACAUAAAGCUAUACGUUUUGUAAUAUUUGAAACAGUAUACGAUCUCCUAAAUUAAGGUUUAAAGUCAACUUUAAUGUUUAAAUUAAUGUAAAUUAACGAAGUGACACUGUGGACGCUGUAUUAUACGACUGGUGCAAUCACCUUAUUAUAAAUAUUAUGAAAACGGUUUUAUCACUCGGAACUAUAGGAGCAAAGUUGAUGAAUGUAACAAUAAACGGUUUGAUAGUUAUCGUAUAAAUAUUUAUAGCUAAUUGUGUAUUGUUAUUACGUAAAUAUAAAUAAAUAAUUGAAUAGUUGUAAGUUGUAACUAUCACAAGUGCUGGGCUCGCUGGAAGGUAAUAGAAGUUUUGUAAAAGAGCUAUGUAUGUAGUAGGUUAUUUAGAAUCAUUUCUGUGUAUAAUUUUUUUGUUAUGCGUGGCGACUUGAUCAUGAAUAUGAAUUGUAAUUGAGGCAGCGACGAUGCGACUACACCGCGACUUUUCGUCGCUCAUUCAUGUUCGUGAACAGGUCCGAACGCAAUUUGGGAACAACCAUCGAUUUGAUUUUCUUAAUGAUAAUUUCAUUACGCUGUUACCUAACUACUUAUUUAUAAAGCUCAGUUUCCAACGUCAAUUCCCUUCUCGUUUACGCAAUUUUGCUUUACAGGUGACAUACAUAUCUUGAAUUAUAUACUAUUAUAUAUUAUAUUUAUAACGAUAUUAAGUAUGAGGUAUCAUAGUAUCACCUUGCCCUGGUGUUCAGUAAAAUAGCACAAUUUGUAACCCAUGUAUACGAUGAAAUAAAAUAAUAUUUUACACUGUUAAAACGAUGAGAUUUUUAGCUAUAUUUUUCGUCUUCAUUGAUAAUUGUGGAUUGCCUUAACGAUGUGGUUAAUGUUGAAAACUCACGUUUUUAAACAGAAUUAUGGAACGAUGAUAAACAAAGAAUGUGAGGGAGAUUGUUUAAAUGCGUCAGUGACAAAAAAAGUAAUUAUAACCAAUGACAGAAUAAACGUGAAUCAGAAGAAAAAUUACCUUGGUGUUGGCGAUAAAUUACGAAAUAUGAAUUUAAAAUUACUUGGAUACUAAAUUUAAACUCAAUUGCUGAAAUAAAUUUAUAACAAUUAAUAAAUAUCUUUUAUGUAGUAAUACCGAAUACGUAAUCUACAAAAAAUACGAUUAACAUUAAAGACUUAAAAAAAUACGACGCAUUUAAACAUCUUCAUGGAUUAUGAAUCAGAAUUAGUUUCAUGUAUAACAUUAAACCGCGCCAAUAAAGGAUCGAAUCACAAAAUUUGCUGUUCGAUCCUUUAAUGGCACGGGUUAUAACUGAUAGUAUACUAAGGUGACGACCACGGACGUAAAUAAGUCGAGCUAUGACUCGUUACCAGCCUUAUGCAAUGUAUACGAAUGGGAGCUUCUUAAAUUUGACAAAAUUUUCAAAUUUAAAUAAUUCGAUCGCGGUUUUUGAUAGCUAUAGUUAUCCGGAAUCAAGCUUUAUUCUAUUUUUAAAUAAUGUGACGUGAUUGUUAUAUAGUAUUCUACAAUUCGUCAAAUGCAUUUUACAAUGACUCUGUAUACGAUAUUUUUAAUCAUUCAUGUUAUUAAACAGUUUAUGUACCUAUUGGUUUAUGGAAUGCAAAAACUUAUUUGAAACAUAUUUUAUCUCUCAUUAUUUUAAAUCUUUACCUUUUCGAAUCAUCACAUUAACAUGUCGUCAAUUACGAUAAAUUUUUACACUCAUUAAGACCUAUGCAAGUCGUAUUGAAUUAGGAUAGGUUCACGACAAUCACGUCACAAACAUAUAUUUGUUACACUCUGUAAAUAUAUCGUAUUAUCUUUGUAUAAACGUUUCGUUUCCAGUGAAAUUUUUCAGUAUUAAAACCCGAUUUCGGUUCAAAAAUCUU